AUGCACGAAAAAACAAUAGCUUUUAUAACAAGUAGUACUCGUAGUCCACGUCUGAACCCUUUCAUUACAGACUAUGUACGUUCUGUCAUAGCAUCAAGUUUACCAAAUGGAAUAUCUCUUCAUUCUGUGGACAUUACGAAUUAUAAUCUUCCCAUAUAUAAUGAGCCUCGAAUUCCAGCUACCUUACCAAAAGAAGAUCCCACUUGCCAUUACCAACACGAGACUACCCGCAAGUGGUCGUAUGAAAUUCGAAAAUACGAUGCUUAUAUAUUUGUCACUCCUCAAUAUAAUUGGAGUCUACCUGCAUCUCUAAAAAAUGCUAUUGAUUAUCUCUUCCAUGAAUGGACUGGAAAACCUGUUGGUAUCGUUUCGUACGGAGGCCAUGGUGGCUCAAAAGCGGCUGCUCACUUGCAAGAUGUCACUCGUGGACUGAGGAUGAAAUGUGUUUCUACGACCCCUUCCUUAACCAUCACCUUGAAGACUUUAGAAGAUUGCAUGAGGAAUGGCCGGCUAGACGAUGGCUUGAAGCAAUUAUGGCUAGAGGGGGGCUGCGUCGAAGCAAUCCACAAAAUGUUUGCAGAAAUUUUGGAAAACUUGAACUCAAGUCCUAAACCGCUAAUGGAGAAAACAAUACUCCUACCACUCACGAUUGGUUUCUAUUGUCGUACAUCGCGCAUCCUAUACACUAUUUAA